UUAGUAUUGCUUUAAGGGCCUAUUAAAAAGUGGAACUAAACCCAUCGAUUUAACGGUUUCAAAAAACAGUUAAAAUCUUGGCAUGCUGGGAAUACUAACUGUCACAUUUGGAGAUGAGUACUUUGACUUCACUGGCUACUUGCCUGUUAAGAAAUAAGGAGCAGGGGCGGACUGACCAUUUGGAAACUCGGGCACUGCCCGAGGGCCCGGGGUCAAUAGGGGGCCCCAUGAGAUGCCCCUGGUACCUUUUUCAUAGGCUUUUUGAGUUUGGGCAAGGACACAGGGGCUCCAUGAUCCCCUAUUGCUCGGGGGCCCCA